AUGAAUUCAAAUCGAGACAAAAUUAAUAUUGAGGAACUAGAACGCCUAUCUGCUAAUAAAGUGUACGACUUUAUUGAUGGUGUUACUAAUGAUAUGGCUCAACAAUCCGACGUUGGGGGGGAUAGCGAUGCCGAAGACACUGUUUUGGUAUCAAUACCUGGUAGUCCUGGUACAUCUUGUUCCUCUAUUGUUUUAACACCUGACCCAUCUAUUUCUUCUAUACCUGGCCCCUCCACUUCUUCCAGGCGAAGUGUAAGAAAUAAAAAGUUAAUAGAUUUUGAAAACCAAUUAUCAGAUUUUGACUCGGAUGACUCACUUGCGGACAAGAACUACGUUCCUGAAAAAAAAAGACUCAAAAAGGCGGCUAUCUUCAUAUUCCUCCAGCUCAGAUGA